AUGCUGUGCCUGCUGCUUGCCCUGGGAGCGCUGGUGCUCAGCUUGGCAGGUGCCAUGGAGAUUCAAGUCCCGGAUGAGCCUGUGGUGGCUCUUUUUGGCCGAGAUGCCACCCUGCGCUGCUCCUUCUCCCCCGAGGCCAACUUCAGCCUCAAAGACCUGAGCCUCAUCUGGCAUCUGACAGACACCAAGCGUUUGGUCCACAGCUUCUCCGGUGGCCGAGACCAACUGGCAGACCAGGGUGGGGGCUAUGCCAACCGUACGGCCCUCUUCUACGACCAGCUGGCUCGGGGCAACGUCUCAUUGCUCCUUCGACGUGUGGAGAUCUCGGAUGAGGGCAGCUUCACCUGCUUUGUCCGGGUCCGGGACUACAACAGCGCGGCUGUGACGUUGCAGGUAGCAGCUCCCUACUCCAAGCCCAAUAUGCACCUGGAGCCCAACAAGGACUUGAGGCCAGGAGAUCUAGCAGCUGUGACUUGCCACGCUUCUGGUGGCUACCCCGAGGCCAGUGUCCUCUGGCAGGACAGCCAGGGCAGCAACAUCACAGAAAACAUUACCACAUCCCAAGUGGCCAACGAGGAAGGUCUCUUUGAUGUGCGCAGCGUCCUUCAGGUGCUGUUGGAGCCCAGUAGCACCUACUCCUGCCUGGUGCGAAACCCAGUGCUGCAGGAGGACACCCAAGCUUCUGUCACCAUCACGGGUCAACACCUCGCCUUUCCUGCUGUGGCUCUCUGGGUGACGGUGGGACUUGCCAUCUGCGUUGUGGGGCUGCUGGCUGUCCUGCUAUACGUGUGCCAGAAGAAAAUCCGGCAGAGCAUUGAGGAAGAGGAGGAAAACGCAGGGACGGAGGAGCAGGGUGAGGAAGGGGAAGAGCCCAAGACAGCUCUGCAGCCACUGAAGAGCAUGGAGGGCAAAAAUGAUAACGAGCAAGAAAUUGAUUGA